CAGGGGAGGCAUGCAGAGGAAGAUAAGUUCCUAAGGUUGUUGUAAACUGAUAAACUGCCUUCUUUUUGAAUUCCAACAUUUUUCUUACUUUCACACUUCAUUAUAAAACUUCCAUUCUCUUAAUAUUCAUCAACAAAUUCAUAAUCCAAGAAUAAUCCAACCCUUUUUUCCCCUUAAAAAGCUAUCGAAUAAGCUAUUGAGUAACGAAAGAUAUGAAGAUUGUACCAUCAAUAAUGGAGUCGGUAGUAGCGGAGCUAGAAGGUACGUUAGUGAAGGAUCCAGACCCGUUUACCUAUUUUAUGCUUAUUGCAUUUGAGGCAUCGGGUCUUAUUCGGUUCACCCUACUUCUCCUUUUCUGGCCUAUUAUCCGUUUCCUUGAUCUAGUGGGUAUGGAGGAUGUUGGGUUUAAGCUUACUACUUUUAUCGCGGUUGCUGGGGUUCGUAUUUCUGAUAUUGAGUCCGUGGCUAGGGCGGUUUUACCCAAGUUUUAUAUGGAUGAUAUUGAUAUAGAUGCUUGGAGGGUUUUUAGCCAAUAUGAUAAAAAGGUUGUGGUGACUAAAACCCCUAGGGUUAUGGUGGAGAGGUUUGUUAAGGAGCAUUUGAAAGCUGAUGAGGUUAUUGGGAGUGAGUUGGUUGUCAACCGCUUUGGAUAUGCAAUGGGUUUUAUUCGGGAUGUUGGGUCGGAUUCAGGUCGGGUUGCUAAGUUGUUUGGUGAUGAAGAACCUUCUUUAGGGCUGGGAAGGUCAAGUAGUAAUGAUUCUAACACAUUCAUGUCACUUUGCAAGGAACAAUGCCAUGCUCCAUUCAAGCAAACAAACAAGCUACUCAAUGGCCACAACGACGUCAGUCGUCCACUCCCGGUGAUCUUCCAUGACGGGCGCCUAGUGAAGCGGCCAACUCCCUUCAUCGCUCUCCUCAUCCUCUUGUGGAUCCCUAUAGGUGUAGUCCUAGCCAUCAUCCGAAUGUCAAUUGGCCUAGUCCUCCCAUUCUGGCUGGUUCCCUAUGCGACGGCUGCCUUUGGUGGCGGCGUCAUAGUCAAAGGCAAGCCACCAGCCUCAUCCGGUGGAGUCCUCUUCGUAUGCACCCAUCGAACACUCAUGGACCCCGUUAUUCUUUCAUACGUCCUAGGAAGGAGGAUCCCAGCCGUUACAUAUUCUAUUUCAAGAGUAUCAGAAAUACUUUCACCAAUUCCAACCAUUCGACUAACACGUGACCGCCACGUGGACGGCGAAAGAAUUCGAAAUGAGUUAGGAAAAGGUGACUUGGUGGUUUGUCCUGAGGGAACAACUUGUAGGGAGCCUUUUCUGUUAAGGUUUAGUGCCUUAUUUGCUGAGUUAACUGAUACAAUAGUACCCGUUGCCAUGAACUAUAGGGUAGGGUUCUUCCACGCAACCACGGCCCGUGGGUGGAAGGGUUUAGACCCGUUUUUCUUCUUCAUGAACCCUAGACCAAUCUACGAGGUAACCUUCUUGAACCAACUACCCGCGGAGGCUACCUGCUCAGCCGGUAAAAGCCCCCAUGACGUAGCAAAUUACGUGCAACGCAUAUUGGCUGCUACAUUAGGGUUUGAAUGCACCAACUUCACAAGGAAGGAUAAGUAUAGGCUGUUGGCCGGAAACGAUGGAACGGUGUCGAAUAAUGCUAAGAAUUCAUGGCUUAUUGGUUGUGUGAAGAAGAUGAUAAGCACUUGCAAGCCUUUCAUACACUAAUCUACAAAGGAAUGUUGCCCCAUCUCUAUCCAUUAAUUAAUCUUUCAUUCGUCUGUCUUAAUUAAUAAUUAAUCAACUUGUUUUGUACAGAGGAAUAUAAUGGGGCCAGUAAUUUUUUUUCUCCUCAUUUUGAUGUACGUACGUGCAUGUAAAAAUAAGGUAUGUGUUGUAACUUGUAAGGAUAAUGCUUCAAUUGUAACGGAUGAUUAUAUGUUAGUUUAUCAUUAAUUUCAUGUAAAUUGGAAAAUUAAUACAUUUUUCAGGUGUUUUAAUUGAAAAUU